CUAUUAUUAUUAUUCAGGGUUAAAAAAGGCAUUAUGACGGAAUGAUGGAUAGUGGUCGUACACGGUGGCGGUGAUGAUAGACUAGUACUUUAUUCACCGGAGUAGUGAAUGAUAUUUUUCGUCAAAAUUGUUACGCAUCGAUUUUCGGCAGACUACCAUAGUCCGUGACCGAAACCUUGGCCUCCGCAAUCGCUCAGGAACCAGGUCUGAGAUGUUUCAUAGCAGUCGGUGUGCAUCAUCAAUCGCUGUAGAAACACGAUAAACACGGCAGUUAUGGAAGGAAACGAUUUCUAUUUUCUCAACAACAAAACCAAGACUACACCCAUCGAGAAUGAUUACAGAAUAUCCAAUAAUGUACUUGGACUAGGUAUUAAUGGCAAAGUGGUGCAGUGUUUUUCCAUCAAAACUGGACAAAAGUUUGCGCUUAAGGUUCUUGUCGACUGUCAAAAAGCGAGGAGAGAAAUUGAUCUACACUGGAGAGCUAGCGGCUGCAUAAAUAUAGUCAAUAUAAUCGAUGUAUAUGAAAACCAUUAUAUGGAACAGAAAUGUUUGUUGGUUAUCAUGGAAUGCAUGGAAGGUGGCGAAUUGUUUCAACGUAUACAAGAACAUAAUGAAGGAGCUUUUACAGAAAGAGAAGCAGCACAUAUCAUGACAGCUAUUUGUUCAGCAGUAAAAUAUCUUCAUGACCUUAAUAUUGCUCACCGUGACUUAAAGCCUGAAAAUCUUUUGUAUUCUAAACCUGGUGCUAAUGGAAUUUUAAAAUUAACUGAUUUUGGAUUUGCCAAAGAAGUAUCUCAAAAAGCUCCAUUAAAAACUCCAUGCUAUACACCAUAUUAUGUUGCACCAGAAGUUUUAGGUCCAGAAAAGUAUGAUAAAAGUUGUGAUAUAUGGUCAUUAGGUGUUAUUAUGUAUAUAUUAUUAUGUGGAUUUCCUCCUUUUUUCAGUAAUCACGGGCAAGCUAUUUCGCCCGGCAUGAAAAAUCGAAUUAAAACUGGACAAUUUGACUUUCCUAGUCCUGAAUGGAAUAAUGUAUCUAGUGAUGCUAAAACUCUAAUUUCAAGUAUGUUAUCUGUUGAUCCUUCAGUUCGUCUUACCAUCAAUCAAGUUGUGCAACAUAAAUGGAUUGCAAGUUAUACUGAAGUACCCCAAACACCGUUAUAUACUGGAAAAAUGUUAAAAGAGUCCGAGGAUGUGUGGCCUGAAGUACAAGAAGAAAUGACCCGUUCUUUAGCUACAAUGCGUGUAGAUUACGAUCAAGUCAAUAUAAAAUCAUUAAAUACUUCUAAUAAUCCAUUACUAAACAAACGACGAAAAAAAGCUUCUAACAGUGCAUAAACUAUAUAAUAUAAUUAUUUUCCAAUUUAUUCACCAUAAACUGACCCCUUUCUUAUUAACUUUUUUUCGUUUUUAUUUUAUAUAUAUUUACCAAAAUUUAUUUUUAUAUCACUA